AUGGCCCCUUCUGAUUCUGAAGCGUCGAUCAUCAUCGGCAUCGAUUUCGGAACCACGUUUUCCGGUGUGGCAUGGACAUGGACUGGCAAGGCCGAGAAUUCGGAAAUUAUUACGAGCUGGGAGUCACAGCUCCAUACUAACCAGGACAUGGAGAAGACUCCUACGGCCCUCCAUUAUGGCAGCGGUUCUCGUCGUGGAACUGAUAUUACCUGGGGCUAUGAUAUCUCGGAGGAGAAGGAGCCCAUCCGUUGGUUCGAGCUACUCAUAGUUGACGAGGAAGGUCUGCCGGCCGAUGUCCGAUACUCUCCUCAUAUAGCCAAAGCCCGCCAGCAGCUCAAGGAGGAGAACAAGACGCCCACAGAGGCCAUCAGCAUCUACCUCCGCAAUCUGUGGAACCACUCUAUCAACGUUAUCACCAGAACGGUGAGCAAGAGUUUGGUCAAUUUCUCGCGGUUCCACGUCAUGCGGGAGGCGGCCGGGCUUGCCGGCAUCUUGCAGAGACGGAUGGUAGGCGAUACCACUCUCACUUUUGUCUCGGAGCCCGAAGCUGCUGCACUUGCCACGCUUGCAGACAUGUCUGGGAGAAAGAAUAUCAAGAAGCGCACGGCCGAUCUCAUCAGCUACAACGUCGUCACGCUGGACCCGAUGACAGUUACAGAGGUGGUCAAAGGCCAAGGCGGUCUCUGUGGCGCAAUAUUCGCCGACGAAGCAUUCUCCAAGCUUCUGGAGAGCAAGUUCGGCCAAGCGGCUUGGAACAAGAUGAAGGCUGCCACCCGGGUCCGCAUAUUACAUGAAGAGUGGGAGCAAGGUAUCAAGUGCCAGUACGACGGCCGCGACCGCACCUGGACAAUCGAUAUCCCCUUCGAGUGCAUCGAGCUCAGUCGCCGGCGCAGUCUGAAGGAGCUACCUACCAUCAAGUUGACGGCCACAGAAAUCCGCCAAGUGUUCCGCACCGUUACCGACAAGAUCGCCGCCUUGGUAUUCGAGCAAGUCACUGCUGUUCAGGAGAAGCAAGGGGAGAAACCAAAGUAUGUGAUUUUGGUCGGCGGCUUCGGGCGAUGUCGAUUCCCCUAUGAGGACUUGAAAGAGCGGCUAUCGGAACAGGGAAUCGAGGUACUACAGUCGCGAGGCAGCGGACCCUGGACCGCUAUCUGCCGAGGUGCUGUUAUCCAUGCGACCACGCAGCAAAAUCUAAACUCGAUCUUUAAAGUCGACGUGCAACAUCGCAUCGCUAGAGCAAGCUAUGGGAUCCGAGUGUUGUUGAACCCUUGGGAUCGCCUUAAGUACCUAGAAGAGGACAAGGUGUGGGACGACAAGGAACAAUGCUUCAAGGCAAAUAACCAGAUGAGCUGGUUAUUGAAAGUGGGCGAGCGUGUCAAGGAGAACAGCCCUAUUCGUCAUCGGUACCGUCAAUUAUACCGUGACCCACCACGUCACAUCUGGGAAACAAUCCUCGUUUCGACUGGUGGCUCUCCCCCAACGCGUAAAACGGCGUCGGUAAGAGAGCUAUGCAAAAUCAAGUGGGAGGCCAUCCCCGACUUCACGUCCUUGCCCACUUUCACCAACAGUCUUGGCGAGGUCCUCUACACUCUCAGAUUUGAGGUUGAGAUGACCUUCACGGCCGGAUCAAUCGACUUUGCCGUCUACCGCAACGGCCAGCGAUAG